CUGUAUUUGGCUAUCAAGGACUGUAUUACUGUCCUUGUAUCAGUAUCAGAAGGUCUCCGGAGUCCGUCCCCCCAGCGCGCUUAUCCUUUCUUUGGUUACUUUGAUCUUUGAUUUGUUUUGUAUCUUUCUAUUCAAAUAAUGCUCUAGUUGCAGUGAUCGAGUUCAUGGAAAUCGCCGCAGACUUUGUUCCGUACGAGGAGCAGGCACAGGCUGCCCUUAUCAAGACGACCAGAUCCGUCACGCAGAUAUCUUCCGAAGAUCUAAAUUUCCACCGCUCUUUCGAUAAGAACCUUUCCGCAUAUGUUGACGAAGAAAGUGCGCGCCUCCUCAAGCUAACCAAUUCCCUCUUGAAGGUUGCUACAUCUGGAUCCGAACUGCGGGUGCCUGAGCUACGCAAUGAGGACGGGCUGGAAGAAAACUGGAGAACGGUUGUGGAUGUAAUUGACGAGUUGUUGGAAAAGGCGGAUGCCUGUCUGGACGAAUUCACGGGCAUCAUUAAAAAGCUCAGUCCGUCGCAAGAAGAGCGUGGCGCCGCACUCAGCAAAAGAACUCCGAGUUCACACUUCCCCAGCGUUUACGACUUCGGCCCAUCCAAGAUUCCCAAACCCCAGCUUUUGUUCGCUACUCGCCCAAAGAACAAUGAAGACGCUCCACCUUUCAAACCGUUACUUCGUUCUAAACCUCAUGCAAUAACGCCAUUGUCGACAAACUUAGGUGAAACUGGCCCUGAUGGAACGACCACCUCCUACAAACAUCCAUACGAAACCGAAAUACGCAACUCCACCUAUCCUUCGUCCGCAUUUGCCAUUUCCGCUCCCCGUGAAUCUAACCCUUUUGAGACCACCACCGCCACAUUUGUAGACACUCUAGAAGGUGUCCACUCAAUGCUCGCGGAACUGAAGCAAACGACGGAAAUAGCCAUCGAUUUGGAACAUCAUGAUACUCAUUCAUACCAUGGACUUGUAUGUCUCAUGCAAAUUAGCACGCGCGAGAAGGAUUGGAUAGUCGACACGUUAAAGCCAUGGCGGGAGGAAUUGCAGAUCCUGAACGAAGUUUUUGCAGACCCCAAAAUCAUUAAAGUACUUCACGGUUCAACUAUGGAUGUGAUUUGGCUCCAACGUGACCUAGGUCUUUACCUUGUCGGUCUCUUUGAUACGUACCAUGCGGCGGUAGCACUGAAUUAUCCAAAGAGAAGUUUGAAAUUUCUUCUGGAAAAAUUCGUCAACUUCCAAGCGGAGAAAAAGUAUCAAAUGGCUGAUUGGAGACUCCGGCCACUUCUCCCUGGCAUGUUUGACUAUGCGCGAUCCGAUACCCAUUAUCUUUUGUAUAUCUACGACCAGAUCCGGAAUAGUCUUGUGGAGCAUUCAACGCCCGACAACAACUUGAUUGCUUACGUUCUCGAAAGAUCUAAACAAGAAGCUUUACAACGAUACGAGCGUCCUGUUUAUAACGCUGAGACAGGUCAAGGGAGCGGUGGCUGGCAAGAUAUGCUUAUCCGUAAUUCUUCUCUCUUCAGUCGAGAGCAAUUUGCCGUAUUCAGGGCCGUCCACCAGUGGCGAGAUAAAAUUGCGCGGUCUGAGGAUGAAGGCGUUCAAUAUGUUCUUUCGAAGCAAUCGCUCUUCAAAAUUGCCCAUGCGAUGCCCUUGGACCCUGCUUCAUUACUGAGAACCAUCUCCCCGGUGUCUCCUCUGGUUAGAGCCCGAGCUUCCGAACUAGUUCAGGUUAUCAAGCAAGCGAAAAUCGUCGGGGCAACAGGUCCAGAGCUUCGAGAUGUGCUUUUCCCACUUAAGGAAAAGGCAGACGAAUCGAAACCCAGCACACCCAUAUCAUCACCUGAAAGCGAAAGUGAGAGUGAACCGGAUAGUCGAACCGUCUUGGCCGCUAGAACAGACGUAUCCCAAUUCUGGGGUCCCACCCUGGACCAGCCACUCCAUCCGCCAGUUCCUCUUUCUCAUUCUUUGGCAGCCACAGCAGAGGCGUUCAUGCUGUCUCUUCCCGUGCCCCCUAUGCCGCCGAAAAUAUCAGACAACCCUGUGAAAGAGGAAUCAAUUUCCUCACAACACAAUGUGCCCGGUCCUACGGCUACUACGAGCAACGAAAUCUUCACACUUAGACAAUUUGGGGCCCCGAAAAAGCGGAAAAUCAGCCCAACGAUGGAAGACGAAGCAGAGGACGUAUCUAAGCCAAAAACAGUAACAACACCGACUGUAGAAACGCCCACGGCGUCCCUAUCAACAGACGAAUUUAUGUCUGGCUCCACCUCCGUUUCGAGCGCUCUCGAAACUAAAGCCCAGAAGCGCCGGCAAAAGAAGAAGCAGAAAACGAAAACGGCAUCUACUACUCUUCAACAACAACAACAACAACAACAUCAAGGCGAUAACACCGACGACAGCAAGGAAUCUCCCAACUUCACGCCUUUCGACUACAGCAACGCGGAGUCCAUCCUCCACGCAAAACCCACGGAGAACGGGAACCAUGGGAAUGGCGCGUACCGCGGCAAGCAAAAGCAAAAACGACAGUUCAACCCUUACGCCAAGGCGAUGGAUGCGCCGCAAGGGGCGCGGAAAUCGAAGAAGGAAAUCGAGGGCAAAUCGUUUACGUUCCGCUGAUGAUAUUCUUUCGCAUUGGUGGAGAAGGAGGGGGGGGCGGGUGGUGGGUGGCGGGUUUUUGUAAUUUUCUUCCUUACUCACACUAAAAUUCAAACGGCA